AUGGAGCUCGUGACCGCGAUCGCGAUCGCGUGCGGGAUCGGCGCCGUGAAGGUCUCCCUCGGCGGCGCCGCGCUGUAUUACUACGGCGAGCGGUGGUUUCCCGAGGAAUGGCGCGCGCGACUGCCGUGGGGGGUGGCGACGGAGGGCGACGAAGGCGAGGACGAACUCGCGCGCGGGAAGGCGAAGCGGGCGUGA